AUGGCUGCUAAAUGCGGUGCUACUUUAUGGAUUUCAAAUCCGCCUAAAGGUGUACCAGAUAAAACUAUGAUUAUAGGCACACAUGUGUAAAAAAUAAUAAUUAAUGGAUAAGAAUAAUAUGUAGCGGGUUUUGUAGCCUCAUAAGAUGAGUAUAUGAUAUGA